AUGAAUUAUUAUUUAGCUUAUGCAUAUCCUCAAUACGUUGAAGUUGCAGGCUUAAUAGCAGUACGAAUGCCUGCAGCAUUUUGCGCUUAUAUAAAAGAUUGGCAAGAUAGAGAAAACUUGAAACGUGCAUUAUUUUAUACUAGUAAACAACAUAAUUUUCCACAACGUGCUGCUUGUCUAACUACUCUAUCAAUAUUUGGUGAAUUAACAAUAGAACUAUGUGAAAUGUUUAUUGAAGCUUUACGUGAUGAUCCACAUGUACAAAAUACUUGUUAUAAAUGCUUGACACGUAUUAAAUCUAUUAAAGAUGAAAAAGCUGUUCUAAAUAUGUUAUUCUCGUAUUUGAAAUCGAAAUCAAUGAAUGUUCGAUAUGUUACAGCUAAAAUUCUUCUUCAUCUUUCUAAAUCUUCUCUCAUUCCAUCGAACCAAAUUGAAAGAAUAUUGAAUAAUCUUAUGUUAGAUUCGAGUUCAAACGAGAGUCUUUGA